AAAAAAUAUUAAUUAAAAUUAAUAAAAAUAUAUCACACUCAUAUGAGAGCAUUGAGUAAAAAAAAGUAAGCCGCAAAAGCUCAUGGUAUCAUCCUCAAAUCUCCUUUACAUCUUUGUUGUGUCUGGAUGUCACAUUCUUAGUCCUAGCAUUGUCAGUUGAUCCAGAAUCAUCUCCAUAUCUGGCCGGUUAUCGAGGAUGAAGAUAUAGAAGAGGAAAAUGAGAAAUUAGAAUUGGAAAUUGGAACUGACAAACUUCAAGAUCUGACUCCUGAGACUUGUAGUACUGAUGCAGCAGAAUCUGCUUCACACAAUUGAGUCAACAAGUCAGGAUUCAAAAAAUCUCAUUGAUGCCUGCAUGAUUGUAUACUUGAUAGAAUUGUCAAUCAUUUGAUAACUCAUUUUCUUUGUAUAAUCAACCUCAAGCUGCAUGUUUGUAAUCUAGAAUCUUCAGAUGCUUUGUGCCUGUGAAGUUGGUUUAGAGCUUCACCCAUACGUUCAAUUCUGCAUUUUUAUGGAAAGACUGCCCAACAAUAGAUAGAUCAUCAACAUCAUGCCAUUGCCAUGAAAUCCAUCUUGAAAUGCUGGCCAUGACCAGAAUAGCCACCACGGUUCUCAGACAAACAAUACCACCAGUGCCAGCGCUACUCUGCAGACCAGUUUCAACCGUCCUUCCUAAUCCAAACGCUAACAAAAACCCACCUGCAAAAUCUCCGUACUUUCAUUCCAACAAUUCUCCUUCAGCGAUAGCAAUCUCCUGUGCAGCUGCCUUUUCUCUCUAGUUAAAUUGCCACCACAAUUCAACUUAUCCUGUCACUUGGAACAGUUUGUCACAGGCAAUAGCUAAAGUCUAGUGAUCAAUCAUUCU